AUGCUCCAAGCAGCCAAGGAACAAGAGAAUGCACGGAUUGAAAGGCGUCGUAUAAGAGAAGGGUUCGCUGCAUCCAAAAUGAGUGCCGUGGCAGGGUUGGCGCAGCACGACGUCUGCGUGAUGUGCAAUGCGAAACACGCGACGCUAUGUGUGCAGUUCGCACAAAACAAUCAAAUUGUCCCCGUACCUUGGAACCGACAGCCCACUGGCGGGAACUAUGCGCAUCGAACACAAUCCCGUUCGUUGUCGAAACCUCGGCUCAGAUUCCUGAGUGACGGCUCCACUCCAAACAAGAGUGUCCUGCAUUCUGUGAGCACAUCUGGAAUCCCUCCCUACCCGUGGUGCGGCCCUAUUGUCGCGCUUCGAACUAUGCCAUGUGGAUCGUAUGAGGAUAUCACUCUGGCUGACUUUCGACACGUUAUUGACUAUCUCAUGAGAUUUGGGACGACGGAAACGAGAGAAAGCUCCAGUCAGCCUGACUAUUGUCCGCCAGGAGAUAUUCGCGGUGUAAAGAUUUGCUGCUAUGGGGAAAAACGGCUCCAUGGCUCCGAGCGGUUUGUCUCUGUUGACGUCCCGAGGGCGCAUCCCAUUCGGUUGAAUGAUGACCAAGGAUCUGUAUCGCCAAUUUCCAAACUACUUGGUAUGCCCUUGACACUCUGGAAAUAUCCGGAGCUUCGUCAUUGGCUCGACCCACCUGGAUGGACAGGCGACAUGUGCGCCGAGAGCAACGAUUACGCGGCAAUUCUGAUGAGGGAGACCGAUGCAGAGAGUCCUUUCUGGGGGUUCGCUCUGCUAUACUGGAAUACAGAUCUUGGCAACGUUUUGGUUACCUGCGAGGACGACAGUGACCUUGACAUCCCCGAUGUGGAGGCAAUGUGCCGCUUCGCCAAAUACAAAGUGCAACCGUUAUUUGACAACGCUUUGGGCAGUGGUACUAUUCAACAGACGAAGCAAGAGGUUUUGGACUUCAUAAAUAAGACGAAUUUCAUGAGCUUCAAGGAUGAAAGCUUGAUGAAGAAGCCUAAGGAAGGAAGGAACGAUGAAUGA